AGAGACACACACACACACACAUACACACACACACAGCCACCUAAAUGCAAUAGGCGUUAACCCUGCCCAUUUUUACAGUCUUUACUUGAGAGUGUAGUUUAAUGAUCAGUAAAAUAUUAGCCUUUAACAUCACUGUCCGAGAUUAGCAUCAGGCUAAAGGGUGAAUUGAUGAGAUUGCUCGUGCGCUGCACUUCACGCGCUGAAAUCGUGUUUUUACCUCAGACGGGAGAUUAGUGUUUGUUUGUUUGUUUGUUUGUUUUGUUGUUAUCGCAGCCAUCAUGUAUAAAACUUUAACCAAGAUGUUUUUUAACGAGGCCCGGUGUCUGAACAAUGAGCCGAACAAGAGCUUCGAGGCGCUUUUCGAGAAGCUGGACGUGAAUAAGGACGGGAAGGUGGACAUCGCGGAGCUGCGGGAGGGCCUGGCCGCCAUGGGCUUCUCUCUGGGGGCGGAUGCGGCGCAGAAAAUAGUUUCUUCUGGUGACUCAGAUAAAGAUGAGCAGCUCGACUUUGCAGAGUUUGCCAACUACCUGAAGGAACAUGAGAAAAAACUUGACCUGACUUUCAAGAGUCUAGAUAAAAACAAUGAUGGACGCAUCGAUUACUCAGAGAUUCAAGAGGCAUUUAAAAAGCUGGGUAUGAAGAUCUCAAAGGAAAAAGCGCAAAAGAUUCUUCAAAGCAUUGAUGUGGAUGGCACCAUGACGGUUGACUGGAAUGAAUGGAAAGAGCACUUCCUCUUUAACCCAGCCACCGACCUGGAGGAGAUCAUACGCUUCUGGAGACACUCCACUGUGUUGGAUAUUGGUGACAGUCUGACCAUCCCAGAUGAGUUCACAGAAGAGGAGAAGACGACUGGUCUGUGGUGGAAGCAGCUGGUUGCGGGUGCCAUGGCAGGAGCAGUGUCACGCACAGGGACCGCUCCCCUGGACCGAAUGAAAGUGUUUAUGCAGGUUCAUGCCUCAAAAUCUAACAAAAUCAGUCUGAUCAGUGGAUUCAAGCAGAUGAUUAAAGAGGGCGGCGUCACGUCCUUGUGGCGGGGUAAUGGUGUCAAUGUACUGAAAAUUGCCCCAGAGACAGCCAUCAAGUUCAUGGCGUAUGAGCAGUAUAAAAAGCUGCUGUCCUCAGAGGGAGGGAAGGUUCGGACUCACGAGAGGUUCAUGGCAGGUUCUCUGGCCGGAGCCACAGCACAGACUGUCAUCUACCCUAUGGAGGUGAUGAAGACGAGACUGACUCUGAGGAAAACCGGACAGUACUCCGGAAUGUUCGACUGCGCCAGGAAGAUUCUCAAGAAAGAAGGAUUCAAGGCUUUUUAUAAAGGCUAUGUUCCCAACAUCCUGGGCAUCAUUCCCUACGCAGGAAUCGACCUGGCUAUCUAUGAGACCCUAAAGAAUACCUGGUUGACGCACUAUGCUUCAGAGUCAGCUAACCCUGGGAUACUGGUUCUGCUGGCAUGUGGUACCAUCUCCAGCACAUGUGGUCAGCUGGCUAGUUACCCUCUUGCCCUUAUCCGGACACGCAUGCAGGCUCAGGCGUCUGUGGAGGGAUCGGAGCCGGUGUCCAUGUCCAAACUGACCAAGAAGAUCAUGGAGAAGGAAGGUUUCUUUGGCCUAUACCGCGGCAUUCUACCCAACUUCAUGAAAGUGAUUCCUGCCGUCAGCAUCAGCUACGUCGUGUAUGAGUACAUGAAGACUGGAUUAGGCAUCUCCAAGUGAGGUGUAUGUGUUCGUUGGGUUGGAGGGGGUGGAAUAAGGGGGCAUGUGUGUGAGGCAGGUGCCAAGAAUUUUUUUAAAGCAUAUUAGUUUGGGUAAUACUUUUUGGAAGUAUGCAUCACCAGAGUGCAUCACCAACAGCAGCACGGCAUCAUAUCCCUGAGUGUAACUGAGCUCAUUUCCUGAACAUCGGCUUCCCAAUAAUUUGUAGUGAUAAGAUCUUAUCCAGACUGUUGACUAGGGCUGAGCCAGACCAACACACACACACACACACACACACACACACACACACACACACACACAUAUAUAUAUAUAUAUAUAUAUAUAUAUAUAUAUAAAGUGAAAAUAGAAUAUUUUAUACUUAAUCAUGGUCUGCCUUUCAGCUGGAAAGCUUUUAAAGAAAAAUGUCAUACAUUUAGGCAUCUUAUCCAGAGCGACUUGCAAAAAAGACUGGCAGGUUUUAGGUAAUAAAAAUGUUAAAAAUCUAAAGUGAUUUAAAGCCAUAUUGUCCACACCACUGUUUAAUCCCUGAUGCUGUUCUUGCACUGCAGUCAAACAGAUUUUUUACCGUCCUCUAAAAACAAAAGUCAACAAAGAGUUUUCAGGUUUACUUUUUUUUUUCUUUUAUUCCAAAAGUUUACAAAAUGUCUGGAAGUUCCUGCAUCUGCUUGGUGAUAGUCCAGUGUUCUGUGAUUGUACUGCCUAGAUAUUACACAAAGAGAAUUUUAUACAAAUGGGAUUAUUGUUUAGCAUUUUGCACACUUUUACAACUUUGUGCCUUUUAUAUAAUGCAAAGUGAUCCAAAUUAAUUUACAUACUGUGGAGUCAUUAUCAUUAAACCCAUGUUUACAUUGCAUUGAGUAUUUCAAUAAACAUGCUACUUUUCACAUUUAUGUGUUAUUCA